AUGUCUUUACCACAAUGGUGUCCUCCACACUCAAACGUAAAAAUAAAUUCAACCACAGGAGAAGAUGUUUACUGCAUAUGUAAAAAGCCAGAUUAUGGAGAACUAAUGGUAGGCUGCGAUGGUUGCGAUGACUGGUUUCAUUUUGCUUGCCUUCAUAUUCCGGGCCAGUUUAAGGACCUGGUGUUUUCUUUUUUUUGCCCCUACUGUCAAGCAGGGAUUACUGGUAAAAACAAGGAUGCCAUAAUAAAUGGUGAAAUGAGCUUGCCAAAGACUUUAUGGAAAAGGAAAUGUAGGAUAAGCGAUUGUUACAGACCAUGUUUACCGGAUAGUAAAUACUGCUCAGAGGAACACGGUAAAGAGUUCGUCAACGACAUCUGGACACGAUUGAAAACAGAUGAGGAUAGAGCAACAGUUAAACAAAUGGUCCAACAAACAGAACAUAUAGACAAGUUCAAGAAAUUUGGUCAACUUGACUUUAUCAAUAACGAUAUUGUUCUAAAGAACGAUGAGGAAAAAAAAACUUUCGAUCAAAUUGUGGUACAAGAUCCUACAUUGAUGGCACUUGAAAAUGAUCUUCAAGAAAUUCAAGAGAAAACACUUCCAUCAUUCAAGAAAAAACUGAAGCUUAUAGAAGUAUAUUUGGGAUGGUUAGACAACGUUUAUUCUGAAAUUCUCAAGCUAGACAAUGACAUUGAAACUAAUGGAGAAGGCGAUAAAGCAGAUACCAAAGGGACUAAAAAGAGGAAGAAGAAAAAUAGCGAUAGGGGCAGACCAAGGAGAAACAUAUGUGGAUAUUCCCCCACGUACGAAAGCUUACCUUGUUCUGUGGAAGAAUUUGUUUUGGAGAUGGGAAAUAAUGGGGAAACUACUACAAUACGUGGGGUAUGCACAAAGUUGAAGUGUAAUAGGCAUUUAGACUGGGUUUCCACAAAUCAGGAACAAUAUCUUCAACAGAUUGAUUCAUUAGAGUCCAUGCAAGAAAGGUUACAUCAUCUCAUACAGGCAAGGAAAAAGCAACUUAAUAUCCAAUAUUUUGAGCAACUUUCAAGAAAGGGCGUAUAG